AUGGGGAGGCGAAAGAUAGAAAUGAAGAUGGUGACGGACCGGAGCUGCAGGCAAGUCACCUUCUCCAAGCGCCGGACCGGACUCUUCAAGAAAGCCAACGAGCUCGCCACCCUCUGCGCCGUCCAGAUCGCCAUCAUCGUCUUCUCCCCCGGCGGCAAGCCCUUCUCCUUCGGCAACCCCGGCGUGGAGCCCGUCGUCGGCCGAUUCCUAAAUCGGGGCGACGAACACCACGACGGCCAGCAGAGGCCGCAGCGGCUACCGAGAGAUUCUGGCGGCCGCCGCAGACGAAAUCAGCUCAACGGGAUCCAGAGGCGGAUCCAGCUGGAGAAGAAGCGAGGCGAGGCUCUGGAGAAGGCGCUGGCGAGAGCAAAGGCAUCGGCGGCGGCGGCGGGAGGCGGUUCGGAUUCUCUGAUCUCGAGAUCUGUGGAGGAGAUGGGGAUGGAGGAGCUGGUGGAGAUGAGGAGGAGGCUGGUGGAUCUCCGGGAACAGCUGGACGGGCGGGCGGUGGAGAUGGAGGCGUCGUCGACGCUGUUGCUUCUGUCGAAUAAAUCUGAGUCGGCGGGGGAUAGUCGCGGCGGCAGCUGGGGCGGCGGCCGCCGCCGUCGCUCGGUUGCUAAAUGGAGGGAUUGA